AUGCGGUUUCUGUGUCUCCAUGGCCGCGGAACCUCUGCCCAGAUUUUCGAGCUGCAGACAGCUAGACUCCGAGAGCAGCUCAGUGACCAUGAGUUUGUCUUCAUCGAUGGCCCUGUUGAGACAGAACCAAGCGAAGGGGCCGAGGCCGUAGCCGACCAAUUCUUCGGCUGGUUCGAGCAGCCAGCCAGCCCAGCCCAGGCGCAGCAGGUCCUGCAGGGCCUCGUUGACUUCAUAGACGCCAACGGGCCCUUUGAGGGGCUCAUGGGCUUCUCAGAGGGCGGCAUCGUCGCGGCGACGCUGCUGGCGCACGACGCCCGCCAGCGCUUCGCCGGCCUCGAGUGCGGCAUCCUGAUGAGCGCGGCGCCGCCGCUGGACCCGGCCGGGAUCCUCGAGGGGGAUGAUCCGCCGGCCCUUCGAUUCCUCAUCCCUGUCGUCGACGGAACCGCGAUCCGCGUCCCCACGGCCCAUGUCGUUGGCGCCAACGAGCCGUUUGCCCACUUGGUGUCGCUGUCGCCCCUGGCCGGCGUCCUGAUCGGCGGCGGCCUGGAGGAUCCGGAGGAGCUGCACCAGCUGCUGUUUCACCUGGGAGAGGUUUGUUCACGAGCUGGGGCAUGA